UCGGAGCGCCUGUUGCUGUUGUCACGCGGCUCUCUGUGGCUGUAAUAUCCAGUACACUCCGUUGACUGACUUCAGCUGAAGUAGGAAAGUGAAGGUGGAGCUCUCCGGGGGUAGAGUCGGUAGGGUUGACAGAAGUGAAAUCCCUGGAAAAAGCUAUUUGCCGAAAUCAUUGAAUCAAGGACAAGUGGAUGAUCUAAAAGGAAGCAUACGUUCUCCUCCAGAAAAGAAACCACAUGGGGAAUCUGUUAAAAGUGCUCACUUGCACAGAGCUUGAUCAGGGGCCAAACUUUUUCCUUGACUUUGAAAAUGCACAACCGACAGACUGUGAGAGAGAGGUGUGGAACCAGGUGAAUGCUGUUCUCCAGGAGUCCGAGAGCAUCCUGUCCGGCCUGCAAGCCUACAAGGGGGCGGGCCAGGAAAUACGAGAUGCAAUACAGAAUCCUAAUGACAUGCUCCUUCAGGAGAGGGCAUGGAACUCUGUGUGUCCCCUUGUCAUCCGCCUAAAGAAGUUCUAUGCUUUUUCAUUGAAACUUGAGGAAGCACUGCAGAGUCUUUUGGAGUCUCUGACGUGUCCUCCAUACACUCCCACUCAGCACCUGGAGAGAGAGCAGGCCCUCGCUAAACAGUUUGCUGAAAUCCUGCAUUUCACGCUCCGCUUUGAUGAGCUGAAGAUGAGGAUUCCAGCUAUCCAGAAUGACUUCAGCUACUACAGAAGAACAAUCAGUCGAAACCGAUUAAACAACAUGAAUCUUGAUAUUGAAAAUGAGGUCAAUAAUGAAAUGGCAAAUAGAAUGUCUCUGUUCUAUGCUGAAGCCACCCCUAUGCUGAAGACCCUGAGUACAGCAACGACAAACUUUGUGACCGAGAAUAAGACAUUACCUCUUGAGAACACCACAGACUGCCUGAGCACUAUGGCAAGUGUAUGCAAGGUCAUGCUAGAGACACCGGAGUACACAAGUCGAUUCAACAGUGAAGACACACUUCUGUUUUGUAUGAGGGUGAUGGUGGGGGUUAUUAUCCUCUACGAUCAUGUGCAUCCAAACGGUGCCUUCAACAAAUCCUCAAAAAUCGAUAUGAAAGGAUGCAUUAAAGUCUUAAAAGAUCAGCCUGCAGAUAAUGUUGAAGGUCUCCUUAAUGCCCUCAAGUUCACCACAAAACACCUGAAUGAUGAGUCCACUCCAAAAAAUAUCAGAACAAUGCUACAGUAAUGGUUUUAAGUGAAGCGGGUCAAUGUUCUGACCUCAGAAGAUGUAUAUGUUUACAUUUAUUUAAGGACUUGAUGUUAAUACUUGGGUGCAUUUACAUAAUCAUUCCCUCCAAGUUACUGCAAAGGAAAGAAAGCAAACCUUUAUUCUAAACAAAUUGCCUAUACUGUUGACAGAAGCACAAAUUAAUAAAAACCAAGCAGCCUUAUGAAAAUUCAUGAAAAAAAAA